AUGCUCUCGAGGCGUAAAGCCAUGGACGCUGGUAAGCAGCCUGCAUUCCACGACGGCCAUGCAGCGCCAUUGAUCCAGAUUCUGGCAUGGCUAUUCCUCGCCUUCUCGAUAUCAGCUGUUACAGCACAAUUUGCCACGAAGAAGGCUAUGGGUAGGCGAUUUGUGGGAGCCGACUUCGUACUGCUAGCGGCUUUGGUUUUGUCCGCAGGACAGGCGGCAACACUCCUUAGUCCUGCUGGUCAGCCUAUCGGGAAUCUACAAGUUGGCCUCGCACUAGUUGAGGUUGAUGGAGCUUGGAAGGCUUUGUUCGGCAGCGAGAUUUUGAGCGUGCUUACCGUUGUCGCUGCUAAGGGCUCCUUACUCGUCUCUCUCGCAUCAGUUACGCCAAUCGCCAGACACCAGAGGAUGAUGCGUGCAACGGGCGUUCUGACGCUGCUAUGGGGAUUCAGUGCGGUAUUCCUCAUCGCCUUCCAGUGCCCUUCACCCCGAAGGUGGGACAUCACGAAUCCGAAGUGUAUGGAUAUCCGCGCUGUACGAACCUACAACGCAGUCAUGAAUAUUGUGACCGACCUUGCACUUGCAAUCGUACCAACAUUGAUGGUACUACCGCUGCAAAUUACACCAGAAAAGCGCCUCACGCUCGUCACCGGCUUCUGGUCCCGCAUAGUCGUCGUGUUCGCCUCUGCCGCUCAGAUCGGAUACAUUCGCAGCUUGCCUCCACAAACCGAUCUCCUCUACUCGAUAUGGCGUAUCGUUGUCUGUGGACAAAUAGUGCAAGUCGCUAGUAUAAUGGCCUCCACGAUUCCCUUCCUCAAACCCUUCAUGAUGAGUCUUGACUCGGGUCUUCUUAGUGCAAACCAAGCGUGUGUUGGGACGACAUCGGGGUACGAAUCGGCAGGUCGUACGGGCCAUUUGUCGAGCUAUGUCAAGAUUGCUAGUCAACAAAGUCGCGAUCCGUCGGUCGUCAGAAGAGAUAAAGAUGUCGAUAUCUGGGUACGCAAGGAGAUAGUGGUAGAGAGAGAGCCGAGCAUUGAGUUGCGUCAUAUUGGGAGGCCUGGGAAUAUGUAA